UUCCACGCACUUUUACGAAUCGAUCCGCACGUGAAUCGCUCCACGUGUGUAUCGCAGCACACAGGGAUCGAUCCGCGCGUGUAUCGCGGCUCAUAUGAAUCGAUCCGUGCGUGUAUCACAGCUCACAGGGAUCGAUCCGUGCGUGUAUCACAGCUCACAGGGAUCGAUCCGCGCGUGUAUCAGCUCACAGGGAUCGAUCCGCGCGCGAGUACCGCCAACCACAACAAAUCGGCGAAGCGAAGCUUGAGGCGGCGAUUAACGAGCUCUUUGGCAGCGGCGAGAGGGUUUUGGAGGGUCCGAGUCCAUCGAUUUAGUCCCCGGUAAAAGUCGGUCGGCGGAGCCAAUGCCGCUGGUGGUGAUGUGCGGCCUCCCGUGCAGCGGGAAGACGCGGAGGGCCCUGCAGCUGGAGUCGGCGCUGCUGCUGCUGCGCGCGGGCGCCUCCGGCCUAGGAGGCCCUCGCGUGUCGGUGGUGCCGGACGCUUCGAGCGAGGUCUCGGGCGGCAGGGACCUCGUCUACGGGGAUUCAAGUAAAGAAAAGGAGAUGAGAGGCGCACUUAAAUCUGAAGUUGAAAGAAAAAUCAACAAGGAAGACGUGGUGAUUGUAGAUUCGCUCAACUAUAUCAAAGGAUGCAGAUAUGAACUUUACUGCAUCAUCAAGCACGCCCAAACGCCACACUGCCUUAUUCACUGCGACACUGCAGCCCAGACGUGCUCCGAGUGGAACCAGCAGCGGAGCGCAGAAGAACAAUACACCCAGGAAGUCUUCGAUGCGCUGGUGAUGCGCUUCGAGGCGCCAGACUCGAGGAACCGCUGGGACUCGCCACUCAUCACAGUGCAGCCGCUUGACGCCUUCCCUUUGGAAGCUGUGUGCGACGCCUUGUUCCACCGCAAAGCGCCUGUGCAAAACCAGGCGACGCUCAACCAACCACUUUCCUCGACCAACUUUCUUUAUGAACUGGAUAAAGUAACACAAGAAGUUGUUGCUGCAGUUUUGAAUGCUCAGAAGACCAGCGUUCCUGGAGACCUCAUCACCAUCCCAGGAGCCAAAGACAAAAUGGAGAUGGGAAGCAGCGUCAACAUGGCCGAGUUGAGGCGGCUACGACGUCAGUUCAUCUCCUACACCAAGAUGCAUCCGACAGAAAACAUCGGCCACAUCUCCAACAUGUUUGUGCAGUACAUCAACAAGAGCACUAAAUAGCGGACGGCAGAGGGUGGACCAGGUGGCUCGGGGGGGGGGGUACUAAAAUGCCAUGACGGAUGCACUCCGAGCAAGAACCGUUCAGAGUGUUGAGUUAGAAUCCAAGCGGCCGUUUGUUCUUGGGUUUCAGCGAGUUUGUCUCAGCCCAGGCACCAAUGACUGCACGCAGAAUAACGAUCGUGUUAAAUUGCUUUUGUCGUGUAAUUUGACGUAAUCCGGCACUGAUAAACAUUUUAGUUUUAUUCGCCGUAUGACCACAUACGGCGGAUAAAAUAUGGUGCACCGCUUAAUACGGAUAACAUGAUGUUGCACGCAGAAUAACGAUCGUGUUACAUUGGUUUGUGAUAUGAUGGUGCUGUCAAAUGAACAUUUCUCAAUGACUCAUUACAUGACGCCAAUAGUUUUAGGCAAUAAUUUUAAGAAAACAAUUCAAAACAAAUAAUGGACAGGAACAGCUUUCAGCGCGAGGCUUGACUGCAGUACAUAUUUUUUUUAAAGUAUUACUGAUGCACAUGUAUAAAAUCAAUGUUAACGUGUUGCCUUUAUAACCAAUGAAAUUGUGCAAAGUAUAUUGUCAAGGGAUC